AUGAUGGCAAUUAAGCUUUUUUUCUAUAUAUUUUUCGUCCUUUUGAUUUGCAAAAUCGACAUUGUUUGUGGUAGAAAGCUUGUUGGAAAGACAAAGCUACCCCCUGCAUAUGGUGAGGGUACAAGUAAGAUUGGUUGUCCAAUAGGAGAUAUGAGAUGUGAAGAACCGCUCAAGGAAAAUAUUGGAGGAAUGUCAGGGGAAGGUGUUAGAAUAAGAUAUGUAGGUUAUAGUGGAGAAAGUACUAAGAAUAUACAAGGAGGAGGAUGCUUGAAUGGUCAUGUUGGUUGUAAUGAUGUUAGCGGAAAAAACAGAAACAACAAGUACAAAAUCUACGUCAACAAAAAUGGGUACCCAAAUAUCGAAAACAACGAUGUCACCAAUCCUAAUUUGACUAACAACAGAAAUAACAGAAAUGAAAAUGGUAGUCACAAUAAUAUUGGAAACGAAAGCGGGAGCAAUAAUGGUAAAAUCAACGGAAACAUUUUCCGAAACGGCAACACAGUCAACAAUGGAGACGGUAGUGUUGAUAACAAUAGCGUUGGAAUUGGAGACGAAAGUGGAAAGGGUAACAAUGGACACUAUAUAGAAAGAUCUCCUCCUGCUCCUGGUUCAAAUUGA